CGUAUAUCAUCAUCAUCAUCAUCAACAACAUCGACAUCGGUUUUACGUUCAAUUAAUAAUUCAUCACCGAUGGUCGAUUUAAAUAACAAUAAUAACGAUAUACAUAGUGUACCAAUAUUGAAUAAUAGUGAUUCAAUUCUAUUAGAUCGUAUGGCUAUUUUGAAAGCUUUUGCUCCAACGACAAUGACGACCACCACGAUGAUGACCAUUCCAUCGGGUACAAUAAGAUCAUCAAGUUCAAAAUUUGAAAAACCAACAUCAGCACGUGAAGCAGCAAAACGACGUCGACGACAACGAUCAAAACAUCGACAAUCAUUAUCAUCAACAACAACAACACCAGUAUCAUAUGAUCCAGCUGUUGAAGAAGAAUUUUUACGUCUUCGAGAUUCUGUACCAUCGAUUGCUGGCCAAUCAAAUGUUACCGAUUUGACAAUAAUUAACGAAGCGAUCUCACUUAUCUGUGAUCUUGAAUCUCAAUUAUUAAAUAAACUUUGUUGUCAAUCAUUACCUGAAUUACGGCAACAAUUUUUUAAAUAAAUUACAAGUCCAUUCUCUUUCUUUUUUUCUUUACAAAAUCAAUUUUGUUGUUUGUGUGAUUAUUCAACAAAAACCUGUAAAUAAUAUUCACGAAUCUCACAGAAUAUUUUUCUGCAACAAACAAAAAAACAGCUAUUAUACCAAAGAAUCCAGAACGUAAACAUAUCAAAUGAAUCUUCAAAACCAAAACCAAAACAAAACAACAAAGCCAAAAUUCUGGCUUUUUUAUGCUCAAAAAUUUUUUCCUCCUAGCUUAAAAACAAAACAAACAUUUCCUUUUGCCUCCUCUCCUCAAAGUUCUUUCAGCAUCAAACUGUACUUUGUUUGUUUUGAAUAUCAAAAAAAAAAUUUUUGUUAAUUCACUUGUAACAUAUCUAAACUAUCUUUUUUGUUUGAACGAAACAAAACAUAUC